AUGUUGCGUAUGGUGUCUAGCAACGCCAUCACAAAGAGAUGUUCUUCUGGUGGUUCUUUCUACGGGGGACGUAAUUUUGACAGUUUCAAGAACACCUACACAGGAAUACUUCGAGAAAGCAACAAAACUGGCAUCACAUGGAAGAAAAUCUUCAUGUAUGCGUCGAUUCCCUGUCUUGCGCUCACAAUGUAUGGUGCAUACAAGGACCACUCUCAUCACAUGUCACAUGAGAGACCGGAAUACGUGGCCUAUCCAUUCUUGAACGUCAGGAACAAGCCGUUCCCAUGGGGAGAUGGCAACCACUCGUUGUUCCAUAAUCCCCGAGAGCAAUACGUUCCCGGCGUCGGAUUCGAAGAAGAGCGAAAACACUAG